CGCGCGAGUUUUUUUUAUAACAAGUCGUGUGGAGUCAACACAAACAGUGCAAACAGUCGUUCAUAUCUUCUACGCGAAACGCAAGAACUUAAAGUUCCGCUCUUGAUCUGAAUCUUGCGUAAAUGAAAUCAUCAUGGAAACAGAAGACGCGAUACAACCUACACCUACCAGCGAGACCUCUAAAAAAAUCAACGCCAUCGAUAAAGAUACCGUACAUAGAAUCUGUUCUGGUCAAGUGGUGCUAAAUUUGGCCACAGCAGUGAAGGAACUCGUUGAGAAUUCGAUUGACGCAGGGGCUACAUCGGUAGAGAUUAGGCUCAAAGAUUAUGGAGCGGAUCUGGUGGAAGUUUCAGAUAACGGAAGCGGGGUCGAAGAAAGCAACUUUGAGGGUUUGACUGCCAAAUAUCACACUUCGAAGCUGAAGGAUUUUUCGGACCUAGCAUGCAUUGAAACAUUUGGAUUCCGAGGAGAAGCGCUUAGCUCAUUGUGCGCUCUCUCCGAUAUGGUCGUCGUCACAAGGCAUGAAUCAGCUCCGCAUGGAACCAAGUUAGACCUGAACAAUCGUGGAGUGAUAUCCAAACGAAGUCCAUGCGCUAGAGCCAUUGGCACAACGAUAAGUUUGUCGAAUCUUUUCUCCACGCUUCCCGUUCGUAAAAAAGAAUUCCAAAAAAACGUUAAAAGGGAGUUCACCAAAAUGUGCCAAAUACUGCAGGCUUAUUGUCUGGUCUCGAUUGGAGUGCGAAUCGUCUGUACGAAUCAGAACAAGAAAGGUGCAAAGACGGUGGUGAUGAACACCCAAGGGAAGGGGUCCGUACUGGAUAACAUAAUAACGGUGUUUGGUUCGAAACAAGCCGCGGAAUUGAUUGAGCUGAAACCUGCGAUAAGCAGCAGUGGCAAGAUUAUGGAUCUCAAUGAAAGUGAUUUCGACGAUAGUCUCUCACUCACACAGGAAGAGGUUGAUAAUCUUAAUUUGUCCAGGUACACCAUAGAUGGUUACGUUUCUAGCUGUGAUCACGGAUCUGGACGCUCAACUAAGGAUCGUCAGUUCUUCUUCGUAAACUCACGUCCAUGUGAACCGAAACAAAUAAUUAAACUGGUUAACGAAACAUACCACAAAUAUAACGCUAAUCAAAGUCCGUUCGUCUUUUUGAAUUUGAAAAUGGAUCGUGGGGAUGUGGAUGUUAAUCUUACACCGGACAAACGGCAGAUUUUGCUAAACAAUGAAAAAAUACUGCUUCUGGCUCUCAAAAAAUCUUUACUCAAAACAUACGGAAAUAUACCGUCAACUUUCAAACGACAAAAUUUAAACGUGAGUGGAACUACUCGACUCCUGAAUAUUUCAUUCGAAUCCGAUCGCGAAGUCAAAGAUGACGAUACUCUUUCCGAUUUGGAUGUCUCCAAACAGAGCAGAUUGUCGGAUGUCUUGAAUCAGUGGAAAGCCACAAGGGCAAGCGAGGACGGACAGUCGGUAAGUGGGACUGGAAAAAGGAAGCGUGAAAAAUCGGAGACGUUGCCGACAAUGCACGAUUUUAUCAGAGUAACCCCGAGAACAAACGUAGAUAAUGGCAAUCAAUCGGGAUCAGACUCAGAGAAUGAACAUAAGAUGCAAAAAAUGCCCAAGAUGAUUCAUUCGUCUAUCGAAGCAGAAGAAGAAAGCUUACAGGAUGGGCGUAAAAUCGAGAUCAUGGAACCAAAGGGAACGUCAGAUAACUUGGUUCUUGGCGUUCCGCUUGUUUCCGAAGAGAAGAUUCACCUUACCAUUUGUCGCAACAAGAGUCCAUCUGAGGGAUCAUUGUUACGCUUUGAGAAGAUACAGCCCGACUUACAAAAAGCAGAUUCAGUGAACGGUUGCUCACCUGAGAAAAGACCCAUUACGAUUGAAGAUGCCAAGUCAAUGGUUUCUCAGGAUGGAGAAACGCAGGAACUAAUAAGAACAAACAGGAUGGAACCAGUUGAAGUUACCGAAAUAGAAGAUAUUCCUAAUGAAACAGAUAUAUCAUUUCGAUCGACUAGUAGAAAGAACAUACACAUAGAUAUAGUGUCCCUCAAGGAUAUCAUCAAGCAAGAACAAACAUUAAUCCAACAAAAAACUGAAAACCGGAAAACCCAACUUAACCGGUUGAAGUUCAAAAGCAAAAUCAAUCCUACGAACAAUCGUGCAGCAGAGGAUGAACUGCAGACAGAAAUAUCGAAGGAGAAGUUCUCUCAAAUGGAAAUAAUUGGACAGUUUAAUCUGGGCUUCAUAAUCGUUCGAUUAGAGCAAGAUUUAUUCAUUAUUGAUCAGCAUGCAACAGAUGAAAAGUAUAAUUUUGAGGAUCUUCAAAAGAACACAGUUUUGCAGAGUCAGAAACUGGUUGUUCCACAACCUCUGGAGUUAACCGCUGUGAAUGAAAUGAUACUGAUGGAUAACUUGGAAGUGUUCGAAAUGAACGGCUUCAAAUUCGAGAUCGACGGUGGAGCGUUGCCAACGCAGAAAGUGAAAUUACUAUCGAAGCCGUUCAGCAAAAAUUGGGAAUUUGGGAAAGAAGACAUCGAUGAGUUGGUUUUCAUGCUACAAGAUGCUCCGCCCAAUACGAUAUGCAGGCCAUCUCGUGUGAGAGCAAUGUUCGCUUCCAGGGCAUGUCGUAAAUCGGUAAUGAUUGGGAAGGCCCUCCCGGUUGCAGAGAUGAGAAAGCUGGUGAAUCACAUGGGUGAAAUAGAACAACCAUGGAAUUGCCCACAUGGACGACCGACAAUGAGACAUCUGGUUAACCUCGCUAUGAUUAGGCAAACCGAAAACUCAGUCGAGCAACUGGCGUGAAUCUGAAGAUCAGCAGCGAGACUUUCGCAAUUUAUAGUUUUUAUUUUAGAAAUAAAGAUUUACAUGAACAUUA